UCAUAUCCAAAAACCCAUGUUUGCCCAAUUAUCCAACCUCAACUUUUCCCCAAAAACAGCUGUAGGUAGUGAAGUUCCAUUUUUUAAUUAACCUUCAAACUCAAUAAAAUGCAAACCUUUCGAAGAAUCACAAAAACAGCAAAUCAAUUCACAACAAAUUUCCACUUCCGAUCCACCGUCGAAAUUCCGGCAACUUUCCGGCGAUUCUCGAGCCGCAAUCCUCAAAGCGGCGAAGACGAAUGGAACGAAGCAUGGGAAUCGGCAUGGCUACCACAAGACCUAACGCCGAAGACACGAGCACCAUGGGAGAAUGACGUGAACUUCGCUUCAGAAGCGGAUGCAGAAACGAAAGCGUUCGUUGAGGAGAUGAAUGAGAAUUGGAACGAAAGGAGGAAAGGAUUGAAGAAGGAGAAAGAGAAUAAUGUGAAGAGUGAUGAAAAUGGUGCGCUUUAUAGUUUGGAGAAUAUUAAGAAAGAUUAUAGGUUGAAGAAGCAGAAAUUGCAUGCUGGUCUUUGGACUAAGGAGAUUGAGAAACUUGAGGAAGCUAAGUUGGGUGAUUCUGGUGUUCCGUCUGGUGAUGAUGAUAUUCAAAGAUUGCUUGAUAGUUGCUCUGACAUUUUUGACUCCGGGAAUAAUGAUCUGAACAAUGCAAAAGUCGAAACUUCUGAAUUCAAAAACAUGCCUGAUGGCUGGGAAACAAUAUCGAAAAAUCAAGAUGGAAAUAUAUGGGAGAUGUCCCAGAGAGAAGAAGAUAUACUUAUGCAGGAAUUUGAGCGACGAAUUGCAUAUAGCAAAUUUCAGAUUGCCAGUUUUAUCAAGACUCACAUAUUUAGCCGGAGAAGGCCAAUCGACGGAUGGAAAUACAUGAUAGAGGUGGUAGGACCAAAUGCCAAGAGAGGGAAGGGAAGUGUUUCUAGAGUACCAAGUCUAUCUGAUCCAUCCACUCAACCAUUCAAAGAGGAGAAGACUUCGGCUGAUAAGAAUCACAUUCCCCUUGGGAGGAGAUAGCGUGGACUUGUAGUUUAAUGUAUUCCCUUUUGCUAUGCAGAGGUGGUUGUUUUACUCAACAUUGACAAGUUUGAAUUAAAAGGACGGUUUCUGCAACUUUACCGAGGCGUGACAAGAGAGACUGCAGAAAAUCUGCCUGCAAUAUUUGUUUUGUAUAGAAUAUUGGUGUUAAGGUUCAAACCAUGGAGGAAGUCUUGUAGGACGUGACAAUAUGAUGUAUUGUGAUGGCGGUGGCAAUUAGUUGAAGCCUAAAAGCAGGAAUGUUCUAUUUUUUGUCAGUAAAAUGUUUGUUGUAAUGCGUAAUAAUAUAAUUAAAAUGGAGUCAUUUGAACCAAGGUGGGUGUAGUAUGUACACAGGAACUGAAAGACAUUAAAUAGGUCUGUGGCUCUAUGCAGCUUAUAAGGUGCUGCUGAUUAAUUUGCAGCAAAGCAUUGUCGAAUGGAAUUGUAUGACUUUCGUGUUGAUCAAGUUAAACUUGAGUUGAUUAAAAAAGAGUUAAA